UCCUGCUGUCGGCGCUGGCGGCCGGUCCUGCCGGGAGGAGGGAAGGGGAAGCGAGGAGGAGGAGGAGGGCGGACAGGCGGCGACGGCCUCACCGCCACCAGCCGGAGGCCGCUCGGCCUCGCUCCUGCGGCAGAGGCGGGCUGCCGGGCGCCCCGUGUCCCUCGCCUCCUCCCAGCGCCGUGCGGCUCAGCGGCCCCCGCCAAGAUGUCUCGGGAGCCCAGCUGCAGCCGCUGGCUCCUCUUCGCCGCCUGCGCCCACCUCGUCUUCCUUCUCCCGCCGCUCUGCGCCCGGGCUUCUGCUGCAAAUGUGGUUUUGGAAGGUGCCGAAGAUGAGACGGAACUACCAGUGCUGCAGAAGUCUGGAAAAGGUAGAACAAGUAGUAAAAUAGGCAGAGAAUUAAAAGAAAUUGUAUUUGUCAUCCAGAGUCAAAGUAAUUCUUUUCAUUCCAAGAGAGCAGAAGAUCUAAAAAGAGAUAUUUUGAAACAGGCUGUAGAUCUUGGAAAGGAAUUGCCUACAGUUCUGCUUAUUCAUCAGAUCGACAGGCAUGAAGGUGCAUGGACAAUAUUGCCAUUAAUGAGAGACUUCUCUGUUACCCAUGGUAGCAACUCCUCAUGGAUUUUCUUCUGUGAAGAAGAUACAAGAAUACAAGUCAUCAAGCUGCUAGAAACACUCAGAAGAUUUGAAAAGUCUAAGGAGUGGUUUUUAGGUAAAGCAUUAUAUGAUGAAGAAUCUACAAUAAUUCACCAUUAUGCCUUUGCUGAAAAUCCUACAGUCUUUAAAUUUCCAGAUUUUGCUGCUGGUUGGGCUCUUAGCAUUCCACUUGUUAACAAGCUUGCAAAGAAAUUGAAGAGUGAACCACUCAAGUCAGACUUUACAAUAGAUUUAAAACAUGAGAUUGCCCUGUACAUUUGGCAGAAAGGGGAAGGACCACAUCUUACUCCAGUGCCUGAGUUCUGCACAGAUGAUGUGAACUCCUAUAAGGCUGAUCACUGUGCAACAACAUUCAGUAAUUUUCUGCCACUUUGUGGAGAGCCAGUGAAUAAGGAAGAUGUUUUUGUUGCUGUAAAAACAUGUCGAAAAUUUCAUGGUGACAGAAUACCAGUUGUAAAGCAGACUUGGGAAAGAGAAGCUGCCCUUAUUGAAUACUACAGUGAUUAUGCAGACAUCUCCAUUCCUACUGUAGAUUUAGGUGUACCUAACACUGACAGAGGUCAUUGUGGGAAAACUUUUGCCAUCUUGGAAAGGUUUUUGAAUCAUACUUCUCCCAGAACCCCUUGGUUAGUUGUAGUGGAUGAUGACACACUGAUAAGUAUCUUCAGACUCCGAAAAUUGCUUAGCUGCUAUGACCCCAAUGAACCUUUGUUUGUUGGAGAGCGCUAUGGCUACGGCUUGGGAACAGGAGGAUACAGUUACAUCACUGGUGGAGGAGGGAUGGUUUUCAGCAGAGCAGCUGUUCAGAAACUACUUGCUAGCAAAUGCCGGUGUUACAGCAUGGAUGCCCCUGAUGAUAUGGUCCUUGGGAUGUGUUUCAGUGGCUUAGGAAUCCCUAUAACACACAGUCCACUUUUUCAUCAGGCAAGGCCAAUGGACUACCCAAAAGACUACCUUUCUCACCAAAUUCCCAUAUCAUUUCACAAGCAUUGGAAUAUCGAUCCAGUGAAGGUGUAUUUCACAUGGCUGGCACCUAACACAGAGGAGUCACGUAAUGGAAAAAAAGUUGGAUAUAACAGAGAAGAUUUAUAAGCAGUGGAAGAAUGUAAGUGUUAAUGACUGCUCUGCAGAUGAGAGUCAUUUACUACUGUGAUUUUUGUUUUCACAUUGUUCAUCUGUUCAUGACAUAAGAAGACAGUGUUUUGUUCCUGUUGGUUGCAUCCCUUCAGAACAAUGGAAGAAGGCACUUAAAUGACUUCUGGAUUCUUUUGCUCCCCUUGGUUUCUUUUUAUUAUGUUUUUGGGCUUUGUAUACCAAUGAACUUGACACACAUUUAAAAGUCUUGAGCAACUUCACCUGUGUUCUGCUUUGGACUUGGUUCCGACAGCACCAAUUUACAUUUCCUUCAUUUGCUCUUUCAAAAGCUGAAGUUAUGUAUUUGGAAGCCUAAUAUUGAACAUCUAUUAAACAGUUCUGUGAAAGGUUAUGGAACAAUUUCUUGAUAAAUCCGAGAGGACACCUGACUUUUUUGUGACCAGGAGCCAGAUUGUGUGAAGGCUGUGCUCCUUUCUGCUCCUUUCUGAUAGAAAUACUGUGGUUUCCUGGCGUAGUUGGACCAGGCGCAAAACCAGUGUUGCACCUUUUAAGUUUAUUAGCGUUUGUGUGGAAUGUUAUGUACAAAAUGGAAAAAAAAGGUUAUGGACGGGGAUUUCUUAAGUGGCCACGGGAGGUCACUGUGGCUCCUUUAGAAAGCUAAGUCACUGUGCAUCAAUUUGGCAAAUAUAAAAGUGACUCUUAAGGAUUUUAGCACAACUAACACUUCAUUAUUUCUGAUGUGUGCAUUUCAAUAGCAUAUAAAUGCCAGCUUUAAAAAUUAUGUAGUGUUCUAAAUUUAYAUCAUCAAGAUAAGUAAUUUUAUGCAUACAACAUGUAAAGUAUGAUUCAUAUUUAAUAUGUUCUUGAAUUUUUUUUAGUAAUUCAGUUUGUAAAAAUGUUUGUACAAAAACUGGCUUUAGUAUGUUCUAAACUAAUUUUUAUAUUGUAAAACUGCUUCUUUUAAAAUGAAAGUAUAUGGCACUUAUAUGCUGUUAUUUAACUUGGUUUGCUAUAUUGUAACCAAAUACAGGGUCUUAAAGCCAUACUGCUGAAGUAAUUUGUGUUUUGGUUUAUUUUAGUAUGUUAACAAUUGAUUUCUCUCCAAAGAAAAGCAAUACUUGCUCUAGAAUCAGAGUAGGGAAGCCACUGAUUCCUGUCACAAACAUUUGUUUGUGAAUGUAGCGUGUGAAUAGCAACCACAUAUUCAUAAUAGACUCAAAUUCUUAUUAAGAAAGAGCAAUCCCUGUUCUGCCUUUUUUUUCUUCACACUACCAGUGCCUUAAACAGUAUACAUUUUACUGAUACCAGGACUGUGUUCUCUGGUAUCAUUGGUGGAUUGUUAGUUAUGUUUACUGUUUAGAACUGUGAAAGCUGAAUAAAAGCAUUCUUUAACCUUUUGUGCCUUCUUCGUCUUUGCAAACCAACUAGAGGAUUCUUUCAGCACCAGUGAAGUUUAAGUUUAUCACCUUGAUUGUAUUUACUGUAAGUUUUAUUAAAAGGCAGCUUAAUCUUUGGGUUUUUUACAUGUUGUGACCUGACCUCCAGAUUAGGUCAGUUUUCAGCCUUUAGUUUUGUGCAAAUGGAAAACGUUGUUUCAGUGAACACCUGGUGUGAUUGGGAGCCUGGAUGCUAUCACAAAACAUGUCACUAUCAAAUUCUCUAGAGGUCUUGCAACACAGUCCAGUCAGUUCCAACUGCCAAACAGUGAUAAUUAAUCUCUCCUUGGCCCUUGGAGGCAGACUAGACCAACAAUAAAUUAUUAGCUUUGGGUCCAGGCUAUAUUGUACCUGUAGACUGCUCUUAUUUAGACGUGGGGAAUCACUGACUUGAUUGAUUGAUUGAUUGAUUGAUUGAUUGAUUGAUUGCUUACUUGGCUUUUACUUCUGGUUUAACAAAUGUGGUAACUGUCCUAAAGCCUAUCUUAUCCCUUGCUGUUAGCCCUGGGUUUGAUUGCAAGGUUUCUGGAAGUCUCAGUAAGCAUUAGACUUCUGAUUUUAGUUUCCAUGGUUUUGAAAGCAACAAAGCGAGAAUUUGCUCAAGUAUUCUGCCCCCAAAACUGACUUUUGAGACGCUGCUAGUGAUAUUCAACUAGCAGCAGCAUGACAAAAGUGAUUUUUUAGUCCACCAACUAAAUAAAAUGUUUUCAAGCAAAAGAUCCAAAAGAUUUUCUAUAAACAAGAUGUGAAGCCUUCUAUAUGAAUUUUAGUUUUAGAAGACUCGGGAUGACUGUUACUAGCUGAAACCUAAGGACAAAACUGUGUGUUAACGAGCCUGAACAGUACUAAUGUUUCUAAUGAAAAUCAAGUGGGUUAUAAAUGGUGUAAUGUUAAAGCAAGUCAAUAGAAGAGGCAUUCACAACUCACUUGGUAACAGGCAGGUUAAAACAGGGUUGCAAAAUUGAUUGGCUGCUUGAAGUUUCCUUUUCUGGGACAUUCCUGAGUAGUGGCAUGACAAAGAAAAUCUAGGAAUCAUUAUUGGCUAUUUGUUUUUAAUGUUUAUAACAUAAAAAAAUUCCAUGUAUUAUGAUCUUUCUUUCAUGGAAUUCUUUUGAUAAUUUGGUUGGUUGGUUCAUCUGCCAGGAGGGGAAAAACAAACCCUUGAAAUACUAGUGCCUUCAAUACAGCAGAUAUGUAAAUGAAGAGUGAUGAAGCAUUUGAACCUAGAUUUGAUCAUAAGUAAGAAUGAGGGCUGUGAAUCUGUUUUUAUUUCCCUACAUCUGCAGAAGGCCCAGGCAUGGAAAGACUCAAAAGGAUCUGACCUUUGUCUGUUCCUCUGUAAUUAGGAAAAUGGGCAAGAGUCUUGAGGCAGCUUACAAGCUGGGUAACUUUGUUUUUGUGCAGGAAGACUUUGCCCUAACACCAGCUCCCAUGGCUGCAGACUGCAGGGAGGAGUCCAAGUUACCUUAUUUUAAAUUCUUUAAUUUCUCAUGGUUUUUGUCAUCAUGGUUGUAACUAGAAUGUCUCAGCCAGAGGCCUGAGACACCAUUCAAUGAGAUUCCUGGAAAGUGGGAUCCACAUUGUGUAAGGACUGCCAUAACUCUCUACUGGGAGCACCUCUGAAGCUAACAGUGCCACUGCAUUACCAAGACACAUGGAGAAGUGCUAAGAGGUUUGCCUUUUGCAAAACUGUAAAACUCUGAAUGUGUAGUGAGCCUGCUUAAAGCGAAAAGGGACAUGUAGAAUACUCUGGAAUUAUCCGAUCUCAGUAUAACUAAAAGCUGCUAAYAGCUGCCAGCUGCAAGUAGUAGCUUUCUGGAGCCGAAAGUUACCAGAGACUUUUUGUCCCGGAAUUCCUGAGACAGCUGCUUGUCAAGUGAAACUGACUAUCGUUAAGCUCACUUAACGACUUGAUGGCGCCAAUUUGUGAGGCUAACGGCAAAGUAUUGUUUCUAAAGCAGCCUAUAAGGAGCUCAGUUUCUGUAAUAUGUAUAAGGUUAAUUACCGUUAGCAAAUGUGGGCAUAAAAACCGUGGUUGCUGACUGAAUAAACGAGUUAUGCUGAUCAUCAUCUGGUGGUCGUGUGCAUUUCUCCCGCCGCACGAYAAAUGGUCUGCUCCAACAAAAUGGUGACCCCGACGUGAUCGAAGAACCACGACGCGAUCGGAGAAAGCAGUGUUUACGCGGAGCGCAACAAUAUUGACCACGGUCGAGCGGCGAGUGCGUUCGGGUCCUUAAAGCAGCGGGGACGGCAAAGUACCGAAAGAGAGGAACGAGGUACAGUGCCCCGGGCGACCUCAUCGGAGAGUCCCGGCCGACAACACGUGCCGCCGAAACCUUGGAAGGC